AUGGUAGGAACUAGAGCUGGUGCUUCAUCAUCAGGAUCUGGUGACUCAACUCACCAAAUGGAGGCUAGAAUUAACCAGUUAGAAAAUAUGAAUACCCGAUUGUUGAAUCUGUUGGAGAAUAAGGAUACAGAUGAUGAGGGAAAGUUUUAUAAAAGGUUAGCAUCACACAAUCCUAGGACUUAUGAUGGGGAACCUGAUCCAGUAAAGUUCGAGGAUUGGAUCGCUUAUAUGGAAAAACUCCUGGAUAUGGUGAAUUGUCCAAUAAAUCUAAGAGUGAAGUUAGCAUCAUUCUAUUUAGAUGGACAAGCAGAUAUGUGGUGGAAGACUGUGAAAAAUAUUGCUCAACGACCUGAUUUUACUUGGGAUAAGUUCCUUGAGAAAUUACGGGAAAGGUUUUAUCCUCCAGCACUUCAGACUAAGAAGGAGUGUGAAUUCCUUACCUUACGUCAGGGUAAGAUGUCGAUAGUAGAAUAUACGGCGAAGUUUGUCGAGCUAUCCCGAUUCGCACCUGACUUAGUGAAGUCGGAAAAGUUCAAGAAACCUGGGCACAUUGCUAAAGACUGCCCCGAAACGACUAAGAAGAAUGUGAAGGAAGCUGGAUAUGUAAGAACACAAACUGGACCUAGCAGAUUCGGAAUGAGUAAUGCAAAAGGGAACCAAGGUGCAUCGACUUUUAAUCGCAAUAAUCAAAGAGGAUCGUAUGCCAAUCCAGGGAAGGUAGCUGGAAGAAUGUAUGCCAUGGGCACUGAAGAAGAGGCACAACCCGAGUUUGUCGAAAAUGAUAAUCUGGAUGCCAAUGGAAGCGGGGAGGCUGAACUUGUUAAAGAUGGAGGUAAUGUAAUCUCCGGAACUUUCCUUGUGAAUUAUGUACCUGCAUAUGUUCUUUUUGAUUCUGGAGCAUCCAACUCCUUUAUAUCCCAUUCGUUGCUUAAAAGAUUGAAUCCAACCCCAAAACAGUCAAAAAUUGACUUAGCAAUAGACCUUCCUGAUGGUUUACGAGUUAAGUGUGAGAAUUUAUGUAAAGAAUGUUGUAUAAGUAUAGCGGGUACUGAGUUGAUGGCCGAUUUGGUACAAUUUGAAUUAGGGUAUUAUGAUGUAAUUUUGGGAAUGGACUGGCUUAGUAAAUAUGAAGCUGUAAUUGAAUGUGAAGCACAGACGAUCCAGUUAAAAACUCCACAAGGUGGUAAAAUCGUAUAUCAAGGAGUUAUGAAGAAAUCGAGAGUGAAAAUUGUUUCCAUGAUGAAGAUUGCUAAGGAGGUAAGAAGAGGGAGAAAUGCUUAUUUGUGCCAUGUAAUUGACACAACCACAAGUCCCUUAAAAGUAGAAGAAAUUCCGAUAGUGAAGGAAUUCCCAGAUGUAUUUCCGGAAGAAUUACCUGGAUUACCCCCUAGACGUGUAGUGAACUUUCACAUCGAUUUAGUGCCAGGAGCUACGCCUAUUUCCAGAAGUCCAUACCGAUGGCCCCUGCAGAGAUGGUUGAAUUAA